AUGUUGGCUUUAGCUAUGUUGAACUAUAUGAGGACUAGAAAUGUGGGUUUCCAUUUGCGAUUGUGGUUCGAUAUGUGUAUCCUGCUCGUCGCGGCCUCGGUCGUGUCAGCAUGGUCAGGAAAUCAUCCCGCCUCGAUGGGUCAUCACGCAGCGGGCGUGGGGCACCAUCACGACCCGAACAUCCACCCCGACGACCCUCGUUACAAUCACAAUCACUUCCUCUUCCAUCAGUCUGGUAACCAGCCGCCGCCUCUUUUCGCCGCCGUCGCCGCUGUCGCAGCUUCCGGGAAACCUGCUUGGGAGAGCCCUGGAUUCGCAACUACGUCGGAAGCGCCAAAUGUCGCGGCUGCGGAGAGAACAGCAACAGGCGAAGGAGGAGGAGGAGGAGGGAUAGCCUCGAUUGCCGCCGCGGCGGGUGGAGGAACAGUCGCAGGGAACGAAAGGGCUGUGAUUGUAGGCCCUGUAGAUAUCGAGAAGCUAUUCCUUCCGGAAGCGGGCAACGCGGCGGCAUCUGCGGGCCCGGCAGCGAAGAAGGGACCCCCAGGGCCGUGUUCUAGCCUCAAGAAAGUCUACAUUAUCAAUGUGACGAAGGUGUCCCACCUGAACACGCGAACCAUGCUCCCGCCCACCGCCACUGUUGUUCUCUACCUGAAAAACAACCUGGCGCUGGCCAAGGGCCUUCUGUUCAACGCGCCGUACUCGUGCACGAUUCUGAUGAGCGAAAAGUGGCCGGGGUUUACUAUAUCGAGUACGGAUCUGAAGAAUCCGGUGAUUCGCGUGUGGAACACGAAUAACUUCGUGUCGAUGAAUGUAAACUACAAACUGCCCGUAACGGAGGGUAGCCCGGAAUGCACCAACGUGCCGGAGCUGGGAUCGGGGGAGACGUGUCCGGCUGUGUCGGUGUACAAGUCGUAUGGCGUACAAAUCGGCAUGGGCACGGUCUACGGGCGAGUGGACGUGCUGAGGAGCAUGGUUGUGCGCGUGGACUCACUCAAGGUCACCGGAGUGCCUAUCUUCAACAAGUCGCCGGGCGCCAUUCGCGUUGCGAUGUCGGGCUACGGCCCUGACCUCCUGCGCGCCCAGAUCGUCCUCUCGAGCAACGAGGUCUUUGGCGUGGACACCCCGAUCGUUUUGCACAGGGGUGCCGUCGGCAUAACCGUUACGAACAACUUCGUGCACAAUUUCAUUUUCGCGGGCAUUCGGUGCGGCGCGGACGUCCACUACAGCGGCGACUGCAUGCUCACGCGGAUCAACUGGAACCGCGUGGUGGCGUCGGGGAGGAACACAAACGGGGAUCACGACGCGGCGGGGAUUUAUUACUGCACGCACUGGUUCAACCCUGGCAACAGAGCGUUUUGCAACUAUGUGUUUAACGGAGAUCAUUGUUAUUAUCUGGAUUAUUGCGCAUCUGGAGUGCUUGUAAGGGGCGGAGCUUGUAUCAACACCUACGACGGCAUGAAAGUGAAUAACGGCAAGAGGAACGUGAUAAAGCAUGUGGCAAUGAAGGGCACACAGGGAUCCCCCGGUUGGACCACAUGCUUUACAGUCACACUCAACAACUGCCUCAAGGACCCUGGCAGCUACUGGGAGGCGAUGCGUGCCAAGUACUACAACUCACCUGCGAUCAAUGCGAGGUGGCCGUGGAUGCAAAAUGUUUGCAAGGAGAAAUCUGCUUUUAACGGAGUGCCUUGUAACCCACCUGGAGAACCGCCUGCUAGUGUCACAGGGGCCUGCAGCGGUUACGGCACGGAUAACCUCAUUGAUCUGAUCACAGUGAACACCUCUGGGAGGGCUCCGGAUUACAAGUACUGUGAGAAAUACCCCGUUGUGCCGCGACUCAAUAAGGAGCAUCAUAUCCCGCUAACGGCGAUAUCUAACACCUUGGCGAUCUGCGGGAUCUUUGCCGUCGUUAUCGCCUUGUCGUCGUCCGCCGCUGUGUCGGCAUGGUCAGUCACAGGGCACCACCCAGCAUCAGUGGGGCAUCACGCAGCAGGCGUGGGUCACCACCGUUACUAUCACACAACCAGCUUGGACAGCAAUUCUCUCAGCCCUGCUCCUUCUCGAUACAGUCACAUCCAGUACAGUCCCGACGACGGAUACAGUCACGACGAACGCGACAUCCUGCGUCGGGUUGAGGCGGUGCGGCAGCAGCAGCACGAGCGGGACAGCCAGCCCCCACCGCUCUUCACCGCUGUGGCUGCCGCUGCUGCUUCAGGCGAACCCUUCCUCCUCGACCUCCCUCUCAAAAGGGCUUCUUUUGCUGCUUCUUCUGCUUCUGCUGCUGCUACAAUUGCUGCUACGAAUGCUGCUACAGCUGCCGCUGCUACAGCCGGAGCAACUGGACGGCAACCCAGGAGGAGGCGAACAGUGAUCAUUGGCCCAGUCUCCCUGCAACGAGCCGCUACAGCUGCAGGAUACCAACCGUCUAAGACCCGCCCGCAAGGCGCCUGCUCAUCGCUCAGGAAAGUCUUCAUAGUCAACGUGACCUCUGCUGCUGAUUUCGCUGCCCGCGCCUCGCUCCCCCCCACCACCACCGUUAUCCUGUAUUUGCGGAACGAUCUGACGCUGCCUAAGGGGUUGUUUUUCCGACGGCAGCAUUCGUGCACAAUUCUGAUGUCGGCGAAGUGGCCCGGUUACACGAUCAUGGGUGGUAACCCUAUGUACCCGGUGCUGCGCGUGUGGAACACGAACAACUUCCUGUCGCUGAACGUGAAUUAUAGGCUGCCGGUGACAGAGAGAAGCCCUGAAUGCACGACUGUGCCUGAGCUGGGGAAGGGAGUAACGUGCCCCACGAUCUCCAUCCAUCGCUCCUAUGGCGUGCAAAUUGGCAAGGGCAACAUCUUUGGCCGAGUGGACGUGUUUAGGAGCAUGGGCGUACGGCUGGACUCACUCAAGGUCACUGGAGUGGCGUCGUUUGACAAGUCGCCUGGGGUGAUCCGAGUGGCCAUGUGUGGGUACGGGCCUUCACUGCUGCAAGCCAACAUUGUCAUCUCUAAUAACGAAGUAUACGGUGUGAACACACCAAUUGUGCUGCACAGGGGAGCGGUGGGUGUUACUGUCACAAACAACUACAUCCACGAUUACAUUUUUGCGGGAAUUCGGUGCGGUGCAGACGUGCAUUACAGCGGUGACUGCAUGCUGACCCAGAUCAACUCCAACCUGGUGAUUUCCUCUGGGAGGAAUCUGAACGGGGACUAUGACUCGGCGGGGAUCUACUACUGCACGCACUGGUUCAACCCUGGGAAUUCCGCGCUCUGCAAUUAUGUUUUCAAUGGCGAUCACUGCUACUAUCUGGAUUACUGCACGUCGGGCGUGCUUGUGCGGGGCGGCGCAUGUAUCAACACGUACGACGGGAUGAAAGUGAAUAACGGCAAGAGGAACGUGAUAAAGCACGUGGCGAUGAAGGGCACGCAGGGGUCAUUGGGAUGGACGUCGUGCCUUACAGUGACCAUCAACAACUGCUUGAAAGACCCCGGGGACUACUGGGAGGCGAUGCGCGUUAAGUAUUACAACAGCAAUCGCAUCAACCGGCUGUGGCCUUGGAUGAAGGACGUGUGCAAGGAGACGUCGGCCAAUGGCGGCGUGCCGUGUAACCCACCAGGUCAGCCGGGUGCUGACGUCACCGGAGCAUGCAGCGGUUUGGGAACCGACAAUCUUAUCGAUGUUGUCGCUGUCAACACCACCGAUUACGGCCUUGAUUGGAAAUACUGCGAUAACUACACCGUGACGGAGAAAUUAAAUACGCAGAUAAACAUUACGCUCAAGUACCCCAACGCUGCGGGGUUCCGGAAUUACAGGAGGAACGAUUUGGGGCUGAAGAAUACGUCAAUGAUUUUGAAGUUCCGGCCGAAUUAUUUGAGCUGCCCGCUGGGGCUCACCGGGCCGAGGAAGUUUUCAGAAAAGUCCUUUUAUAGGGCCUAUAACAUCCCGAUGCCAUGGGGGUUCCGUAAGGUUGUUAAGAUGGACAAUAAGCAUAUUAUAGAUCAGGAUCUGAUUACUGCAACGGUUAGAGCUCAGAUGAUGGCGGCUGCUGAUGGGGAGUAUUCGUGGUUGGGCAAGUCCUUUCUUGUAGGGAGCUAG